AUUCUUUUUAGCUCUCAAGCACUGCCACGGCAUAUUUCUAUAUUUCUCUUCUGCAAAGCCCUCCAAAUCCUCCUCUAUGUCCAAAUUGACCGGAUCUGAACUCAUUGCUGCCACGCUCAAGCGACAGGGUGUCCAUGUCAUCUUUGGCAUUGUCGGCAUUCCUGUUAUUGAAGUGGCCGAGGCUUGCAUUCAAGCUGGAAUUCGCUUUAUUGGCUUUAGAAACGAGCAGUCCGCUGCCUAUGCCGCUUCCGCUUAUGGUUAUCUUACAGGCAAGCCUGGCGUCUGUUUAACAGUGGGUGGUCCUGGUGUAAUUCAUGCACUGGCUGGUAUUGUGAACUCACAAGUCAACUGCUGGCCCAUGGUCCUGCUUGCUGGUUCUAGUGAUACCGAUCAAGUCGGUAUGGGUGCUUUUCAAGAACUUGAUCAAGUAGAGGCAUGCAAGCCGUAUACAAAGUAUGCCACAAGACCCUCUAGUUUGGCAACUAUACCAUUUGCCAUUGAGAAGGCGUUGCGUACUUCUGCAUAUGGGCGUCCUGGCGCUUGCUAUGUUGAUUUGCCUGCUGAUUUCAUACAAGCUCAAAUUCAAGAUCGCCAAUACAUUGAAAAGGUUCAGGUAGCUGCCACUGCUCCUGCUCCAAAGUAUCUUGCAGACCCAGAAGCCAUUAGGGCUGCUGCAGAUGCUCUACGCUCAGCUAAGAGCCCACUCAUCGUCAUUGGCAAAGGAGCUGCUUAUGCACGCGCCGAGUCAGAAUUGAAAGCGCUUAUUGAAAAGUCGAAUAUUCCAUUCUUACCUACUCCAAUGGCCAAGGGUCUACUUUCCGACACUCACCCCUUAUGCACAUCAGCUGCCCGUUCAACCGCCUUGAAGCAAGCUGAUGUAGUGUUGCUUGUAGGUGCAAGAUUGAAUUGGAUUCUUCACUUUGGUCACUCUCCUCGCUGGUCGAACACCGUAAAGUUCAUUCAAAUCGAUAUUGAGCCUGAGGAAAUGAACAGCAAUGGUGCUGUCACUAUUCCUCUGGUGGGCCAUAUCCCGUCUGUACUCGAUCAGUUGUCUCAGGCAUCUCUUCCUCGUCUUCCUGACUCCAAUACAUUCCUGCAAAAAAUCAAGUCGACCGUGCAUGCUAACGUUCAAAAAGCUGCCGCCAAAGCAAAACAAGGAGAUGACAAUGCAGUCAUGAAUUAUCACAGUGCUUUCGAUGAAAUUAAGCGACAGUUGCCUUCAAAAGAUAUCGUUUUUGUGAGCGAAGGUGCCAAUACCAUGGACAUUGCUCGUUCUGUUUUCGAUGUCCAUGAACCUCGGUGCCGACUUGACGCUGCCACUUUUGCUACCAUGGGUGUCGGUAUGGGAUUUGCCAUCGCAGCUCAAGUAUACUACCCACAUAAACGCAUUGUGUCUAUUGUUGGUGAUUCCGCCUUUGGUUUCAGCGCUAUGGAGUUAGAGACGGCAGCACGAGCCAAACUUCCAUUGAUUAUCCUUGUUAUCAACAACAAUGGCAUUUAUCAUGGAUUAGAUAACAAUGAUUACCAAGAAUCAAGAUCCAAUAACUCCUUGCCCUCCACCGCCUUGUCACCGGAUACACGCUAUGACUUGAUUGCCGAGGCAUGCGGUGGUCGUGGGUGGUUGGCCAAGAACCGUAAAGAACUGCGCGUGGCCAUGGCUGAGGCGCUGGCUACAAAAGAUACAACCUGUCUCAUCAACGUUGUAAUUGCCCCUGGUGGCCGUACUAAGCUGGAAUUCGGAUGGAUGACCAAGAAGGGCGAAGCCAAAUUGUAGAAAUAAUAUAAACGGUCCUGCACCAUGACAUCGCCGGCAAAAAAAAAAAAAUGAAAUAAAAACCGAAUGAAGUAUAC